CGAGCAUAAACAGAAAGCCAGUGCGAUCAGUCUGAGCCAUUGUGAUCACUUCUGUUCCGCAGUUACCUGAGAUAGUCUGAGCGAAGGAUUUAGUUGAAUAGGUAUAACUGCUAACUGCAUUUUCCAGGCGAGCGACAAAUAGUUACUCCUGACUCGCGUCCGCUUUUCGAGUGCUUGAAAACACCCUUGCCCUCAUAUUUACAGUUGUCCUCAUUCCUAAAAUUGGAAAUGGCUCCGGCUGACGGAUCCCCUGCUGCCGACCCGGUUGUGAAACCUUCUUCGAAUUCAACCGAAGAGGCGAUCGCGACGAACGGCAGCGCGAAAGCCGGCAAUGGCAGAGCACAGAACGGCAACGGCACCGCAACUUCCGCCGCGACUUACGUCGGCUCGCUCUGCCAGCUCUCCGCGCCGCUCCCGACAAAAGUCGCGCUGGUCAACGCGGACCAGUUGCUAGAAUCUCCGGAGGAGGAGGCGGAGUGCGAGAGCAUGGAGCAGGCCGUGCUCUCCGCGCUCUCCGCUCUCCCGAAGGAUAUCGACCGCUACAUGUACCUCCGCGCGACGCGCCAAGCCGACGAGGAGCUUUUCUUCCGCCUGCUGAUGGACCACACCGAGGAGAUCCUUCCGUACAUCUACACGCCGACGGUCGGGGAGGCCUGCCAGCGCUACCACGAGCUCGGGAUCGCGCCCGACGGGAUCUACCUCACUCCCGCGGAUAAGGGCCGGUUUUUGGAGCUUCUCCGCGCCGCGCGGCCGCACAGCGGGAUCCGCGCGAUCGUGGUGACGGACGGGGAGCGGAUCCUCGGUUUGGGGGACCAGGGCGCGGGGGGGAUGGGGAUCAGCGAGGGGAAGAUCCUGCUUUACACCGCGAUGGCGGGGUUAGAUCCGCGCCGCGCCCUCCCGGUGAUGCUGGACGUGGGGACUAAUAACGAGAAGCUACUAGCGGAUCCGGGUUACAAGGGCCUGCGGCAGAAGCGGCUGCGCGGGCCGGAGUACGACGAGCUCGUGGACGAGCUGAUGACCGCGGCGCGCUCGUUAAAGCCGCACAUGCUGUUGCAAUUCGAGGACUUUGGUAACUGCAACGCGUUUCGGCUGCUGGAGCGGUACCAGCACACGCAGUGCUGCUUCAACGACGACAUCCAGGGCACGGCGUGCAUCACGCUCGCGGGGCUGCUCUCCGCGCUCCGCGUGACCGGGCGGCCGCUCGAGGAGCAGCGCAUUCUGUUCCUGGGCGCGGGGGAGGCCGGCACGGGCAUCGCGCAGCUGAUCGCGCAGGCGAUGAACCGACGGUGCGGAUUGGAUCUCGCCGCGGCGCGGCAGCGGUGCCUGUUUAUCGACUCCAAGGGGCUCGUGUGCAAGGAGCGGUUGGACAAGGGGGAGCUGCAGGACCACAAGAUUCCGUUCGCGCACGACCUUCCGUUCCAGCCGGAUUUAAUCUCAGCCGUCCACGAGUUCCGCCCGACGGUGCUCGUCGGCGUGUCGGCUCAGGCGAACGCGUUUUCCAAGGAGGUGAUUGAAGCGAUGGGUGUCUACAACGAGCGGCCCGUGGUCUUCCCGCUCUCGAACCCCACGUCCAAGGCGGAGUGUUCUUAUAAGGAGGCGUUCAAGUACACCGGCGGGCGCGUCGUGUUCGCGAGCGGGAGCCCGUUCCCCCCGCUGGUGGCGGAAUCCGCGGAGCCGGGCGGGGGGAAGGUGACGAUGUACCCCGCGCAGGCUAAUAACGCGUACGUGUUCGGGCCGAUCGGCAUGGCGGCGCUCCUAACGAGGUGCAGCAGCAUCACGGAUGACGUGUUCCUGUCGACCGCGGAAUUCCUGGCGCAACUCACGCCGCAGGCGCACCUCGACCGCGGAAUGCUCUUCCCCUCGCUCUCCGCCAUGAAGGCGCUCGUCCCGCUGCUUAUAGCGCGUAUAUCGGAGUUCAUGGUGGCGGAGGGGCUGGGCACCCCCCCGCCCGCGGUGGGCGCGGGGACCGUGGCGGAGUGGGAGCGCCACGCGCGCGCCAGCAUGUACCACCCGCACCCGCACGGCCCCCUCGCGCUCCCCCGCCUCCCCAGCGACUCGGAGGAGCGCCAGGGGUGGGCGGGCGCAGGGGGAGCGGCGGGGGAUGGGGCGGGGAAGGCGGGCGCGGGCGCGGGGCAGGCGGAGCCGAGCCAGCUGCAGGACGUGGUGCACCAGCAUCUGCACAUGCCGGGGGGGCCGGAGGUGGAGGUGAGCGCGGGGGACAUGGCGGAGCUGGCGGACAUGUGCCGCGACUUCCAGCAGUAUCUGCUGGACAGGCGGCUCAAGGAGAACGGCGUCGCGGUUUUCAUCAAGCCUGCUGCGCUCCCCGCCUCUGCUGCUGCUGGUUCUGGUGCCGCUGCAGGGGGGCGACUGAAGGAGAUGCGGGGGGUGUACCUGCGUGCCAAGGACCGCGGGCACAUGCUGCAACGCCUGCAGCGGUGGGCGGAGCAGAGGGCGGAGGUGGGGACUGACGUGGACGCUGUUCUCGUCGUGGAUGCUGAGGUCGUGCUGGGUCACACUGGUGGGAACAGUAAUGCUGACUCAGCUGCUGCUGCUACAGCCGGUGCUACAGCCGUGGCAACGCUCUUUUCCUCUGCAGCGGCAGCGUGGCCAAACCUGGAUCCGAGCCGGUGCCUGUUGGUGUGCCUGGAUACCGGCACGGAUAACCCUGCCCUGCUGGCGCCUGAAUCCGGCUACAGGGGGCUCUCCCAUCCCCGUUUGAAGCCAUCUCGUUACAAUGACAUCCUUGCUGAGCUGCUGGGCGCUGUACGCGUUUGGAACCCGAGCCUGCUGCUACAGUUCACGGAUUUCUAUAACAGUAACGCGUUUAAGCUUUUAGAUAAGUACCGGGGCACGCACUGCUGCUAUGAGAGCACGACCUCCAGCAGCGACAGCGGGGAGGAGGACGGGGAGGAGGAGAGCGGGAGUGAGAGCGACAAUGAGGGGAUAGCGGCAGCUGCUGCAGGGGGAGGAGCAGGAGGGUGGGGAGGGAGUGCGGGGGAGGGAGUGGGAGGGGGAGCAGCAGGGGGGGCGGAGGAGUAUGUGGUGCCGCAGGUGCCGGUGUGCUGUGUGUCGCUUGACGGCAUGCUCUCUGCUCUGGAGGAGGCUGACGGCGUUGUAGCGGAAUUCGGAGUGGCUUUUAUGGAGGAUGCUGCUGAGGGUGCGAGCGACGGGAAGGCGACGAAUGGCGUGGCGACAGGAGGCAACGGGGCGGCAGGAGCGGCAGGGGUGGGAGGGGAGGCGUCAGACCUGGUGGGGCUGCAGGAUGUGAAGGAGUGCACUCUGGACGGCGGCUCCAACGACCUCAUCUGCACUGGCUCUCUUAGCUACCCCUCCGGCCCCACGACACGCAGGACGCAGCACAAGUCCCGGGCCAUCCCACAGAGGCAUGCCAUCCCCUCCUCUCUGCCCUACUGCACUCCCUUCACUCACGCCCGCUCCCUCGCUGCUCCAACCCUGCACCUGUCUGUGCCUCGGGCUGGGUCUUUCCGAACGCCAGCGGUUGGUUCGGUGAAGGCAGGAGCGCCUGUUGCUAGGGUGGUUGGUGUGAGUGCUGCUCUGAGGUUUGCCUUCGCAUAGGGCAAAGUAUUAGCUAUGCAUCGGUAGUUCGAAGACCUAGCUACGUUUUUCGAAGUAUUAAGGUGCAAUGUAUCUGUUCCCAAUUAUUCUGUUAACUGUAGUAUUAUUUGGCC